GCGGCUAAGCUAAUUAGCUUUCCCCUCCCUCAACCCGUCCCCCUGCUCUUUGGACCUCCGGACCUCCGGACCUCGGUUUAAAUGGCUGCCGUGGCCCUGAAGUGCACCGCUCCCUGGCGCUUCGUCAAACUAAGAAGUCUGGUCAGGUCCACCGUUCCCAGUCUGAAGUUCCACACCACAGCGUCUCCAAUGAUGGCUGCGACGGUGGAGCAGUUCGAGCAGGCGAAGAGCAACCUGUCGACGCUGAAGAACGACCCGGGGAACGAGGUCAAGCUGAAGAUCUACGCUCUGUUCAAACAGGCCACUCAGGGGCCCUGCAACACGCCCAAACCGGGGAUGCUGGACUUUGUCAACAAGGUCAAAUGGGAUGCGUGGAAGGCUCUGGGCUCCAUAUCACAGGAUGAAGCCAGGCAGCAGUACUGCGACCUGGUUGGCUCCCUGGUGGCGGCGGAGGGCGGAAGCUCCGCCCAGGUGGCCGCACAGCCUGCUGGGAGCGGGGUGGCAUACGAGACGCUGCUGGUCACCACCGAGGACGGCAUCACCACCAUCAAGCUGAACCGGCCGGCCAAGAAAAACGCCAUCACGACGGAGAUGUACAACGACAUCAUCGCAGCUCUGGAGCAGGCAGCUAAAGACGACUCGGUCAUCACGAUUUUUACUGGUGCCGGAGACUUCUACUGCAGCGGGAACGACCUGUCCAACUUCACCAAAAUCCCAGAGGGAGGCGUGGAGCAGAUGGCCAGAAGUGGAGGAGAUCUGCUGCGGAAGUACGUGAAGGCCUACAUCGACUUCCCGAAGCCGCUGGUCGCCGUGGUGAACGGACCGGCGGUGGGGAUCUCCGUCACCGUGCUGGGACUGUUUGACCUGGUCUACGCUACAGAGAGGGCCACGUUCCACACUCCGUUCAGCCAGCUGGGCCAGAGCGCUGAGGGCUGCUCCUCCUUCACCUUCCCCAAGAUCAUGGGCGCCACCAAGGCCACCGAGAUGCUGCUGUUCAACAAGAAGCUGACGGCUGCUCAGGCCUCCGAGCUGGGACUCGUCACCGAGGUCUUCCCCGACAGCAGCUUCCAGUCGGAGGUGUGGACCAGACUGAAGGCCUACGCCCAGCUGCCCCCCAAUUCCCUGGCGCUGUCCAAACAGCUGAUCCGGUCCGUGGAGAAGGAGCGCUUGCACGCCGUCAACGACGCCGAGGUGGAGCUUCUGAUGGAGCGCUGGGUGUCCGACGAGUGCUUCAACGCCGUCAUGAGCUUCUUCCAGGCCAAGGCCAAGCUGUGAGCCGGGCACGGAGGUGGAAUCAGCAGCUGGUCGCUCUGGGAGGAGACCACGGCACGGGUUCUGGACUUGACAUGGUUGUGCGUUCAGAAGGAGGUAAAUAAGUGAAACGGAUCACGUGUAACAUGAUAGCAUAGCAACACACGGAACCUGGGGACAAAAACAGAGGUACCGCUUCUGAUGAAAGUUCUGCUGAGCUGGAGUCGUCGGGUUUGUGAGUUUUAGACAACAUUCUCCCCUACCGGGACCAUCGGGUCAGGGAGUCCUUAUCCUCCAGCCACUGGCCUCAGAUGAUCCAGGUACCGACUUCUGGUACCGACCGGCUGCUGAGUCCAGUCAGUCACUUUAAAGGGGAGAAUCUCACAGAACCUCGUCGGCAUUUUAUCUUCUUAUCAUUUUAAAAGUUUGCUUCUGAUUCACUUGAACGUCGUUACGGACGUCGAAUCUGAUUCAAGUCCGGAUUCAGUUCAGGAUUUAAGUCAGGAUUCAAUUUAUGAUUUUAUUCAAGAUUUCAUUUGGGAUCAGAUUCAGGAUUCAGGUCAGGAUUGUAUUUUGUCGCGUCUCGAGUUUGGUUUCCAGCCGCCGCUCCUCCUCCAGCUGGCUCCUCCUCCAGCUGGCUCCUCUGAUGCUCCUCUGAUGCUCCUCUGAUUCCACAACGUGUCCGAGUGUUUUUAACCUGUUCUGAUGUGACGACGUCGAAGGACUCAGUCUGUGUUUGAACUCUGAUUUUAGUCCAAGUGCCUUCAACGCUUCGUCUUUGUUCACUUUCUGUCAGUUCAAUAAAAGCUGAAGCUGUGGUCAUGA